AUGUAUCAUAUCUAUUUUUGUGUGGCCACAUUUUAUGUUAGUUUGGUGACAAUUUAUGCCAUUGCUGUUUUUUGUAAUUUGUACAAGUUCGAUUUGAAAAUUUAUCCUGUUGAAGAAAUACAGUCAUGUAAGAAUUAUGUGAACAAGAAGAAUCUGCACCCCUACUCCUCCUUCGAGAGGUUGGAUUUGGUCAACAUGAAAUUUUUCAAGCUACUCUAUGGCGCGAUCUUUAUGGCCUCCUGGAAAAUAAUAGCUCAGCUGGUGCUAGCCGGGACCAAUAUUCUCGUUUGUUUCCUGUUCUCAUUCGUGAUGGGAAAGAAUAAAGAAGACCAAGAAAACACAAUCGUAAGAAUUUACUUAAAAUUUCUCAAGUUCAUUUGCAGAGCAUCCUUAUGGCUUUUCGGAAUUAAUGAAAUAGAAAGCCACUACCUGUGUGAUAUGGAUUGGCCAAAAAAUAUCGUUGCGAAUCACGUGUCUGCCCUGGACCCCUUUUAUUUUAUAAGUGAACAUGCAUGCAGUUUUGUUGCCAAGAAAUCCCUUCGCAAGGACUUAAUUGUUGGACUUAGUGUUAUAGCCUUAAGGUGUGUAUUCGUGUACAGAGAAAAAUCAGAGGAUCGAAAAAUCGCCUUGGAAAGCAUCAAGGAAAGACAGCUGAUGGUAGAAGAGAAAAAAUAUAAUUUCCCAUCUUUUGUUAUAUUUUCUGAAGGAACCACAUCCAAUGGGAUGCAAAUCAUUGAGCAGAAAAAAGGGGCCUUUUUUUCUCUCCUCCCCGUCACCCCUGUUUUGCUGGUGUACGACUACGACUUUUUUAACCCCUCCUACGACAUUUUGCCCUUCACUUGGUGGCUCAUCCUUAUUGCGUCCAAUUACCAAAGCAUGUCCCUCAAAACGUACUGGCUGCCCAAGGUCUACCCACCAGACAAAAAGAAAUUUCCGAACAUGACGGAGGAAGAACGCAUAAACGUUUUCCAUGACGAAGUGUCCAAAAUUAUGUUCCAAAAUAUGAAGAAGUACAACCCCAAGGCGCCCCAAAAUAUAGACGACUAUAACGACUGGCCAGGAUCGCUACGUAUAAAACUGGAGUUCUUUCAAGCCGCCCUGGGGAACAUAGCCACCAAGUAUUUAAUUAACGAAAAGAGUCGAAGUGAAAAAAAAUAA